UCGCUCCGAAUAAAAUAGGAAAACCUAACCCUAACCGAUCAAGGAAACCACAAAAUUUCCAUUCUCUAUCUCUCUUCUCCGCGUGUGCAGUGGAAUGCUUAAGCUUGUGGUUGAUCAGGAGGGCCAAAGAAGGGAGCCUUCCUUCGUUAAAUGCUCUCUCUCUCUCGCCACUGCUCAGUGCUAUCUCUUCUUUUCAUGUCUUCAAUCGACGCCUCUCCCUCCUCUGCUCCUUCAGGGUCUCCUCCUAAUACCCCAUUAAGCUUUGUCCCCUCUGCUCUCCUUUCCUUUCCUAUACAAUACUUUUUUGCUUUAAAAUCUAUUUUUUGUUCAACGGUUCUGGGUUCGGAUAUUUUGUCUUCUAAGCAACAAUAUGAGUGCUUCUAAGAAGGUGCUAGUAUUUGGGUCAUUCUCUGAAGAUGAAACCAAGUCAUUGCUGCUAAAGCAGUCGUCUAGGAAUGCCGAAAAGCCGGUGGAGAAGAGAGAAUUGCAAUUUGGUUCAGUGAAUUUUGUUCCUGGAAAAUCUUUGGAUGGUAAUCUUGGUGAAUCAAGCAGACAGUUGGAUUCUCCAAAAGAGCCGAAUGUGCUUCCGCUCUCAAAUAUGCUUAAGAAGGACAAUGAGCUGAAGAGUGUUAAAAUAUCAAACGAGCAUUUACCGGCAGCACUUCAAACUCCAAAAGAAAAUGGAACCAUUGAUGAUUCCAGCCACGGAUCGCCUCAUAUUAAUGGUGAAGAAGUGAAACCAGACGAUAUUGGUUCAACUUCGUUGGUUAUAUCCCAGAAUGAGGAUGGCCCCUCAAAUCAGUUUUUAAGCUUGAAAUUGCAGAACACAGAGCUGAAUGGAGAUUAUGUUGAUUCAUCUGUAUUUCUCGCCAAAGACGACUUACAGAAGACAUCUAAUGGGCCUGUUAUGUCUUCCAGAAACCUAUUACCUAGAGGUUUAAUAAACUCGGGGAACUUGUGCUUUCUUCAUGCAACACUACAGGCUCUUCUAUCCUGCUCUCCUUUCGUUCAGCUUCUGCAGGAAUUGAGAACUCGCAACAUCCCUAAGGUUGGCUAUCCGACAUUAACUGCAUUUGCCGAAUUUAUUGCUGACUUUGACAUGCCAAAUGAUUCAAGCUUAAAGAAAGAUAUGGUUAUUCUUGAGACUGGUAGACCUUUUAGGCCUGCCAUGUUUGAAGGGGUUCUGAAAUGUUUUACUCCAGAUGUGCCAAGCAGCAUCUCAGGCAGACCAAGGCAGGAAGAUGCUCAGGAGUUUCUAAGCUUCAUCAUGGAUCAAAUGCAUGAUGAGUUACUUAAACUUGAAGGACAUUCUCGAAGCAUUAAUGGAAACAAAUCAUCUCUAGUUUCUUCUGCUGAAGAUGAUGAAUGGGAGACAGUUGGCCGAAAGAACAAAUCAGCAGUAACAAGAACUCAAAGUUUUGUUCCUUCAGAACUAAGUGAUAUAUUUGGAGGACAGUUGAGAAGUCUGGUGAAGGCAAGAGGAAAUAAAGCUUCUGCUACUGUUCAACCAUUUCUUUUGCUGCACCUUGAUAUUUAUCCUGAAGCAGUUCGUACUAUUGAGGAUGCACUUCGUUUGUUUUCUGCACCAGAAUCUCUUGAGGGGUACCGAACGUCAACAACUGGAAAGGCAGGUGUUGUGACUGCCAGCAAAUCUUUUAAGAUACAGAGUCUCUCAAAGAUAUUGAUAUUGCACCUCAUGCGUUUUAGUUAUGGAAGCCAAGGAAGCACGAAGUUGCAUAAGCCUGUACGCUUUCCUCUUGAAUUGGUGUUGGGUCGUGAACUACUUGUUUCUUCGUCUACUGAGGGUCGAAAAUAUGAACUUGUUGCUACAAUCACUCACCAUGGGAGGGAACCCUCAAAGGGGCACUAUACAGCCGAUGCUCGCUAUCCCAACGGUCAGUGGCUACGGUAUGAUGAUGCAUCAGUCAAUGCCAUUGGUGCAAAUAAGGUGUUGCAUGACCAGGCGUAUGUCCUCUUCUACAAACAAGUAUAGUGAGGCAACCGAGGAGUUUUAGUCUCAUUUGUGUAAUUUAUGGAAAAGAUUUGACAUGUUAGUCAGGUGCCAACAGGAUAAAGGCCAUCUUUUGAUGAAGGUUGGUGAGUGCUUUGGAUAUUUUCGGUAUGAGGAUGGAUGGAUGGAGUGGUAAAGGUUGUAACUAUUCUUUUGGCUUAUAGUCAUGUCAUGCAGUUUUGGAGUCCUUGUAAUGAACAUGUAUUGAAGUUAAUGCCAUAUUGCUAAAUGUAGUGGAUGCUUAAUAUUUAUACAAUCUCUCUCUUCUCAAAAAGAUACGUUCUAUUGUACAAAGGUUUAUGAAAGUU